CCCUUGACUUCGUUUCAGUUCCCUCGGGAGCGUCCCUUACUGCGGGGGUGACAGCAUCUGGGGGCGCAGGGUCCCUGGUGUCCGCUCUCUUGCCCAUCUGUGCGCAGAGCCUUGUUCCGGGGCGCCUGGAGCCCGGCGGGCAUUGACGUCAAGCGGCAGCGGAUCGCUGCCUACAGACGGCUGACCUGGACCCUCCUCCACACCCCCUUCCUUCCUUGCCCCCUCCCUCUUCCCCGCACCCGGGCUCUGGCUCGGUAUAAAAGAGAGGAGCGCGGGGCGCCUCAGCAGCGCCGAGUUUCAGCACCAUGGAGAGCACCCGCUUCCAGCUGCUGCCCCUCCUGGGUGCUGCCCUGCUGUUGCUGUUACCUCUGCUGGGCGCCCGUGCCCAGGAGGAUGCUGAGCUCCAGCCCCGAGCCCUGGACAUCUUCUCCACCGUGGAGGAUGCCUCCCAUGAGAAGGAGCUGAUCGAAGCGCUGCAGGAAGUCCUGAAGAAGCUCAAGAGUAAACGUAUUCCGCUCUAUGAGAAGAAGUACGGGCAAGUCCCCAUGUGUGACGCUGGCGAGCAGUGCGCGGUGCGAAAAGGAGCGAGGAUCGGGAAGCUGUGCGACUGUCCCCGAGGAACCUCCUGCAAUUCCUUCCUCCUGAAGUGCUUAUGAGGCGUCACCCUCCUCCAUCAGUCCCCAGUUCCCCUGCUUCCCCAGAGGACCCCGCCUUCAUUUGUGGAGCUGGGAUUUAGCAACAAAGUUUGCAUUUCCCUCUGAGGGUGAAGGGGCGCUUUUCCUGAUGUUUUCAAAUAAAAGAACAAUGUCUUGUA